AUGUUGUGGCCGUUGGCACUCACUCGCACUCAACAACAAUGGACAGAUCCAAAAGUGGGAAACAAUUCAUUUGAAAGCCAUUAUCAAAACCUUUUCGAGGAGUUGUCGGCAAUAGGGUCGGGAGGUUUUGGAACAGUAUUUAAAGUGAAGCAUAGAUUCGAUGAACACAUAUAUGCCGUCAAAAGAAUUGAGUUUAAAAAAUCUAGCGAUGAAUAUAUGAACAAAAUUUUGAUGGAAGUGAAGAAUUUAAGAAAACUUAAUCCAGAUUUUGUGGUCCAAUAUAUCACUUCAUGGCCUGAAAGCAAACACCUCUACAUUCAGAUGGAGUUCUGUUCACAGAAUCUAAAGAAUAUUCUCGAAAUUAAACCAAAAGUAUUUGACAGACAAUCGAGAGAUCCCAUGAAUUGUAUCGAGUAUUUCAUUUCGUGUGAAAUAUUCCGUCAGAUCUUAGAAAGUGUUCAGUAUUUGCAUGAAUUGAAUCCACAGAUCAUUCACAGAGACCUCAAACCCGAAAACAUAUUAAUAGCUGAAAAUAUAAGGANAAAUAUUCCGUCAGAUCUUAGAAAGUGUUCAAUCAUUCACAGAGACCUCAAACCCGAAAACAUAUUAAUAGCUGAAAAUAUAAGGAACGGUAGAUUUGUUAAAUUAUGUGAUUUUGGUUUGGCUGUUGAGCACCGAUCGGAAUCUCAGAGUCACUCCAAAAAUAAGGGAACUCCUAAAUACAUGGCACCGGAAUUGCAUCAAUCAAAGUAUACCACAAAAGCAGACAUUUAUAGUUUGGGUAUUAUUUCUAUGGAAUUGUUUGAUAUAUUCUUGGAUGGCAGUGAACUGGAUAAGUACAUCGACAGCUUACUACAUGUUUAUGUAGCCAAUAUAUUACCCAUGUUCAAUACAAUGGUUUCAUUUGGACCUAUUAUUAGACCAAGUAACCGGGCUAUAACGGCAAUCUCAUCAACCUCACUUUAUAUCGGCAUGCCGGUGGACGUGCGGGAAUACGACAAAAAUUAA